AUGCAACAUUUCGCUCAGGAAGGAUAUGGUGAAGCCAACCAGGUUCACCAGGGCCAGGCUGGAGUCAAUGGAAUGGAUUGGCAAGCCAUGCCAGCUCAAGGAGCGAUUCCAGAUCAAGGCGCCGUUCGCCAUGAAGGAGGAGGUCAUGCUCGCAACGACCAUGGUGGAAGACUUCAAGCUGGACGGGCCUGGGCUCCAUACCAACCACCUCAUCAACCAACGGCUGAAGAUUUCGCAAUCUGGCGCCAAAACAACCGCAUUAUGCGUGAGAGGGAGGCCCAGCACCGCGCCAUUGCUCGGCAACAUCAAGAGCAGAUGGCUCGAAUUGGAAACCCUCAGAUGAAUCAAAGAGAGGAGCAAAUCUUUCCCCGCCAGGGAGCACAAGGCCAAGAAGCCGGUGCAGGGCAACUCGCUGCUCCACUGCUCCGCCAUGCGCUUGUCGGGGAGAGAGAAGUUCAACUCCCGCCUCAGGCCGGUGCUCCACAGCAGCCACCCCAACAGCAACAACAACAACAUCAUCGGCAGCAGCAACAAAUUCAGCAACAAGUUCCUCAACCUCACUACCCUCCUCAAGCCGGCUUUGUCUUCAAUCAACAACAUCAUCCCCAGCGUUAUCAACCACAACACCAGCAGCCAGAUAUCCGCCAACACCAACAAACUCCCUUCCCGCAAUACUUCAACCAACAACAGCAACAACAACAACCGCUUCCACACGCCCAAGCAAUGGCAAGAAACGAUUUGGAUCAUGCUGUCUUCCACCACCCACAACAGAACCAACCGCUCCCACAACAACAGCAACCACAGCCUCUUACCCCUCAUCAACCUGCCCUCCCAUCCCACACGCCGUCCCCGCAGAACGCCAUCGACGAUGACCUGCUCAAGAGACUCCAAAUAAUGAAUGCCGAGAUGAGAGAAAUGAGUAACAAACUGGUCAAAUAUGAGGCGGAUAAACUAAUUUCGGACCAAAUAAUGAAAAGAAAGGAUGAAUACAUCAAGGAGUUGUCUGCAGAAGUGGGAAGGCUCAAAAUGGAACACGCGAGGAUCAUCCCACCUGCCACCAAUACCGUCGGCACCGAAAUGUCACCACCACCAACUCUUCUCUCCACGUCGACGCCGACCCAAACCACCUCGCCACCUCCCUCCACAUUCCUCCCAUCAACCUCUUCCGUCUCACCACCACCACCGCCCCGCUCUCCGAUUCAUAUCAAACAAGAGGAGCCAGAGGUGGUCAUCGAAGAAGGGGAGAUCAUCGUCGACAGGAUCCUCCCUCCGCCAGACAAGGACACGAUGGAAGUGGUGGUCGUCGGAUGUGCCGUGGUGCUCCCAGAGGAACGUCGGCGCUUCGUAAGCCACCGCGAAGCCGUCCAAUUUUGGGAGGCCAACUUUGGCGGGUGGCAGAACCCAGGAGUGGAGAGGAACAGGGCACUGAACUUAAAUGAAUAUCUGUUCAACCCGGAAGGAGGAGAGGCCACGCCGCAGGUGGUGAAAAAACCUUGUAAUUCGGCCAAUUUUUACCAGAAUCAAAGGCCGGCAAGGAGAGGAUACCCAAACUGGACGACCAAGUCAACAAGAUCCAAGAAAAGGUGGUUAGAGAUGUGGAUGGAGGUCCGAAAGCAGCAAGACCUCCAGCUACUAAAAGAUCUAUUUGAAAGACUUGAUGUUAUGCAGAACGCCUCGACUGCCCUCCCAAACAGAAGUUUGGCGGAAAAGCCUACAGUAAUCCUACAGUUUCAAGAGGCUACAGUAACCCAACCUACACCAAAACUGCAGUAG